GGCCGCAGCGGACUGCCCUUUCCCAAGAUGGCUUCGAAGAUAGGUUGGAGACGCUGGAUGCUGCAGCUGAUCAUGCAGUUGGGUUCGGUGCUGCUCACACGCUGCCCCUUUUGGGGCUGCUUCAGUCAGCUCAUGUUGUACGCUGAGAGAGCCGAGGCACGCCGGAAGCCCGACAUUCCAGUGCCCUACCUGUACUUCGACAUGGGCGCAGCUGUGCUGUGUGCUAGCUUCAUGUCCUUCGGAGUGAAGCGGCGCUGGUUUGCGUUGGGGGCCGCCCUGCAGCUAGCCAUUAGUACCUAUGCUGCCUACAUCGGGGGCUACGUCCACUAUGGGGACUGGCUGAAGGUCCGUAUGUACUCGCGCACAGUUGCUAUCAUCGGUGGCUUUCUGGUGCUGGCCAGCGGGGCUGGGGAGCUGUACCGCCGGAAACCCCGUAGUCGGUCUCUACAGUCCACCGGCCAGGUGUUCCUGGGCAUCUACCUCAUCUGUGUGGCCUACUCGCUACAGCACAGCAAAGAGGACCGGCUGGCGUAUCUGAACCACCUCCCAGGGGGGGAGCUGAUGAUCCAGCUGUUCUUCGUACUGUACGGUGUCCUGGCCCUGGCCUUCCUGUCAGGUUACUACGUGACCCUGGCUGCCCAGAUCCUGGCUGUGCUGCUGCCCCCGGUCAUGUUGCUCAUUGAUGGCAAUGUUACCUACUGGCACAACACACGGCGUGUUGAAUUCUGGAACCAGAUGAAGCUCCUUGGUGAGAGCGUGGGAAUCUUCGGGGCUGCUGUCAUCUUAGCCACUGAUGGCUGAGUUUCACCAUGAGGGGCUGAAUGGGCACAGGGAGCCACUGAGGGCGACCCUACCUUCCUCAUUAUUGGUCCAGUUGCUGUUUGUUUAUCCUUCUUGAUCUGUUGGACUGCUUUUUUAAAAAUUUAGUUAAGGUUUCUUUCCCAAAUUCCUGGCUGAGCCCUUGAGAAGUUGAGAGGCCUGAUGUUAACACCUCACAGGGUGUUUUUUUUUAGGGGAGAGCCCAGGCCAGCUGACCCCCUUCCCCCUGUGCAUCCAGGAAGAGAAGUGUCUACGAGAAGGGAGUGAGGCAGAGCUGAAGUGCAGACCCUGGGAGUGGGUCUGAGGAAGAUCCAGAGCAAAUGUGCAAAUUUGAACCUAGCAGAUGCAGUUAAGCUCUGCAGUGCUUUUCAGACUGGGGGUGCAUGUGUGUUCACACAUGUGGCUGGAGCCCUGGAGGAGCAUAGUGGCUGGUAUUGUAGAAGUCACGUAGAUUCCUGGGAUAUGCUGAGGCCAAGAAAAGCUCUCUCUGUCAUCCACUGUGAGUGCAGAGUAGGCCCUGGUCUACUGAAAUACACAGGGCACAGCAGGCAGCCCGUCUGCUGCUGCCUCUGUUCCCAGCUCCAUGGUUGUUGGCCUGGUGGGUGGAGUGCCCUCGCAAACACCAGACCACACAGCCCUCCAAAAAUAAACAUUUUAUAUAGA